AUGGCUGGACGCGGCGCGGCAGCCGGUGCUGGCGAUGCACGGAGACAGGCUGUCGACGUGGCCGUCCAACAGGCCGCGGCCCUCACGGACACCGACGAGCAGGCCUCGGUUCCACGGACGUCGCACACAGGAGUACGUCCUCGAGCCUGCAGGACCGUCGGCGAGCGCGCCCGGCGGCCGGAAGCUGCGACGGAGGUAGACGGCGGCACUGCGGCGCCCACGGCGGAGAUGGGCGAUGACGCUAGUGCGGCCAUAGAGGAGGUCGACGGAGUCGCUAGGUCGUCCAUGGAGGAGGUGGACGACGAGGCGAACUCCUCCUACUACACGUGGAAGACCUACUUUUCCCUCGUGUUUCGGGAGUAUCAUCUUGUUGAUCACGUGGACGGCACCGUCGACUCCAGCCUUGUCCCCGAUUUCCAUGAAUGGUCCACCAUCGACACCACGAUCAUCCGAUGGUUCUUCCUCACCAUCUCGCCAGACCCCUUCCAGGCGCAAGAGUUCUUUGGGUGUCACCAGGACAACACCUCCGUCGACGACUAUUGUCGCCGCCUGAAGACUCUCACUGACGAGCUCCGCGAUAUUGGCGCGAAAAUUGAUGAUGACCUCCUCCUCACCACGCUGACCGCCGGGCUCAACGAGGAUUUCGGCAACGCCGCGGCGAACCUCAGUCUCAUCCCCAACCCGUCCUUCGCCAAGUUCAUUGUGUACCUCCGCUUGGAGGAGCAGCGGAUGAAGCAGGUGAAGGCGCGGGCCAUCCACACCGCCCUCGCCGCCGGCACCACCCAUGGCGGGUCCUCGGCGCCUCCCGCUGCCCCGGCCGCGCCCCUGCCGCAGCGCCACCUGGCGCCGCUGCCGUACCCGGCGCCCCAGCAAUCGGGGCUGCUCCCGCUGCCUUAUGGGUCGCCCGCCCCUCCCGCAGAACGGCGCCGCGGGGGCCGGCGUGGUGGGGGACACCGCGGCGGUCAGCAGCAGCAGCCGCAGGGCGCCGGCCAGCCCCGUCAGCAGCAGCAGCAGCAGUUCCAGGUGCCCCCUCCGUGGGCCUCCGGCUACAACCCGUGGACCAGUGUUGUUCAUACCCACACCAUGCCGGUUCCACGGGCUCCUGGACCGACCCUUCCCGUGCCGCGCCCGUCGGCGCAUCAGGCGUAUUACGCGGCUCCGCAGCCGUACGGAGGAUACCCACUGCUGCAGCUGAGCGGCGCCUACGGUCUUCCUGCGGCCCCGCCGCCGCCCUUGCCGGCCCUGCCGCCGGCGCCUUGGGAUCCGGUGCUCCUCGCUGCGCUGCACACCGCGCCUACGCCGAACAACUACACUGGAGGCGGUGAUUGGUACAUGGACACCGGGGCUACGGCUCACAUGUUUGCUUAUCCUGAUAAUCUUGCCUCCUUCACUCCCGUCACCACCGAUCGGCGCAUCAUUGUCGGCGACGGUUCCACACUCCCUAUCACACAUGUCGGGCACACUUCUUUUCCUUCUAAUUCCAUGCCUAUUACUUUGUCUAACAUACUACUGUCACCUCAUCUUAUUAAGAACCUUGUUUUCGUUCGUUGUUUAACUCGUGAAAAUCCUGUUACUGUUGAAUUUGAUGAGCCUGGUUUUUGUGUCAAGGACGCUCGAACCAGGAUGCACGCAGUUGGGCAUCCCAUCCUUGCUCUUCAGACUGACAAUGGAAAAGAGUUCGACAACCUUGCUUUCCGCACCUUUCUGUCGCACCACGGCACAGUUUUUCGUCUCACAUGCUCGUACCCCCGGCUGUUCCUCCCGCCACCAGUGACGUGGGCUCCUCGACUCCUCUCCCAGGGCGCUCACACGCCUCUCUUGGCCCGCCCCUUGGCUUUGAGGCGCGCCCCCCGCAUGCAGCGGCUCCUACCGCCGCGGCACUAG